AUGGAAGAAAAGGCGGUGCGCGGGACUGGUUGGCUGCUACCCGCUCACCGAAACUUGACUCUACUUGCGCUCAGCUGUGAGCAGAUCAGCGUGGGGCCAGAACUUCUCUCGACCAAAGACCUGGAGAGGCAGCAGUGGUACAGCAACAAAGACGUGCGAGAGGCCGUCAGACCAUGUAAGGCUCUUCAGACUUGUGCAGAAGCCAACAAAGACAACAAGACGUGA